ACCGAUGGGCCCCUCUCUCUUCAAGUAAGACUUGAGGAACGAACAGGGAAGAAUUCCUGUGAAUUCCAAAGAGCCUGUCAACGAGACACCAGCCAUGCCAUCAAAGAUCGCAAAAGUCCUCUCUCAGGAGCUGGAACGAUCUCACAACAUGAGAUCUUUCUUAUUUGCAUCCCUCGUUGCCAAACACAUUACAAUUGCUGUCUCUGUGCAAGGCUUUACCCCCCAGGUCGCCCUCCCCUUCCGACACCCAGCUCUGAAUAGGUUCAGCAGUACUGCCAUGACUGCUUCAUCCCACAACAAUGCCGACAAGUGGUCGGAACAAGCGGAUCUUUAUUCCGAUCACUCCGCCCGUUUGACGGAACUGCAUGGAGCCGAUCUGGUAACCCUGCUCAAAGAGGACAUUCUGAAAGCCAAAACUAUUCUGGAUAUUGGCUGUGGUACGGGGGCGUUUGCCAAAGCCUACUUGCAACAAUUUCCCAAUGGUGUCCCAGGUCAGACACUCAUCUCGUCGGAUCAUUCCGAGGGCAUGAUGCUUAAGGCCAAGGAGACUGUCGUUCCGCCAAGCGAGAGCUUCCAGACCAAGCUGGUCUUUCAACAAGAAGAUGGUACCAAAUUGGAGGGAAUAUCCGAUGGUUCUGUGGACAUGGUGGUCAGUCUGUUUGGUGUCUUUUUGAUUCCGGAUCAAGCAGCUGCAUGCCAAGCCAUUCAACGUGUCUUGAAGAAAGAGGGAGGAGUGGUGGCCAUUGCUUCUUGGCAAUUUGGCCUGUCAGAUUUUCUGGCCGAUCAAGGGUUUGGAGUGAGUCUGCAAGAUGCCUUCCAGUUACCCAGCCGAACGAUUGAUCCCAAUUUGGCAAACUUCCAAUCGAUUGCCAAUUGGUCCUCUCGAGAGGGUGCCACCAAGAUGUUGUCCGAGGAAUACCAGCUCAAAAAGGUGGAGAUUCAUGGUGGCUUGCAUACUAUUUUAUUCGAUUUUGACUAUCUGUGGAAGGUCAUUUGCCAGAAUCCCAUGAGCAACACCCAUGACGCCUCGGAAGAAGAUCUCAAGAGAACCAAGGAGGCAUUGAUCCAAUUUGUCACCCGUGACGGAAAACAUAGCAUUGACAAGCCACUCUUGUAUUCGACUGCAUCGUUCCUUUGCAUUGGUCGAGGAUAGUGUUAGAGCAUCAUCGAGUCGCGUCGAGUCAAUCCAAGCACCCUCCGCCUGUCCCCAGACGAAAACCCCGUCCGACAUUUGGGAUUUGGACAGCGGAAAGCAGAACACGAGGAAAGAGAUGAUUUUGAUUCAUUGAUUGAACCCUAACAGUGCUACAAUGCCAUUAGCUAUACCUACCGGUAGAAGGAAGACUAAAGACUAAGAAAGUGAUUGUUUGUUUUG